ACAGUGUACCUGUAGCAGCAAUUACAGCGAAGGUAUUGCUUGCAGUUUUUAUCACAUUUGCUUUGUGUUAACCUGUGACUGUCACAUAAAGCUCUGGCAUGUGGAAUAAGACUAGGAGACAGACCUCAAGGAAAAUGACCCCAGAAAGGUAACAGCUGUAUGCCAACAAACAUUACAAAAUCAGUUGGCGGUGGACUAUCUCCUCCUUUGACACCAUAAACGCUGCUCCGAUUUUGAAGGCAUGUGUUGCUUCAACAUAACUGAUGAAUCAGCAAGCGUAGAGGAUGGCAUUCAGCAUCUCCAGGACUUAAUGCAUCAAAUGAAAUGAUCAACUGACAGGAUGAGUAGGACACCUGAUUCAAAGAAUUACCGUAGAGAUAUGUUUAUUCCUUUUUCUACAUGUAUUUAUUAUGUGCCUCUGUAAAUUACCCUGCCCUACACCCUGCAAGCCCAAAUGGACACCUCCAGCUUUGCCAGCCCCAGCGGAAGUGCUCCCUUGAGCGAGGGGGUGGAAUGUGGGAAAAGAACGGAAGAUUGGCGAGGAGGACUGUAAACACGCUCAAGUGACUUGCAGCUGGGAUGUAGAAACACACAUAUAUCGGACUAAUUGUUGUUUAGCCUUGUGCAUUGGACAAAUAGAACAUCCAUGUUUAGAUAACACAUGCCUGUGGUGGACUUCAAGGCACCUUAUCAAACAUGCUUGAGAUUCCUGCCCUGCUGUGGGAAAGAUCAAAGCACAGUGGUAAACUAUGCCUACGUGAAUUCUUGAAAUACAGGUGAAAACAGCAGGUUUGGUGAUCCUCUAGCACGGACCGAGCUCCGCGGUGCCUGCGUCCCUGCUUGUGUGCCUCUGCCCAGGUGCUUCUUUAGCUGGUUGGUGAGGUCCAAUGAAGCUGGUAGUGGUCCCUAUGUUCCUUGGGGGUGUAAAGUUUUAUGGCCAAACUGACGCAGUAAGUUUUUUGCAUCAUGUUUUGGUGGAAACUUCCAUUCCCCUCGGAGGAAGGCUCCGCAUCCCACCCCACGGGUGAUGUUCCUGCCUGAGCUGGUGCCCGAGGAGAAGGAGCCGGAUCGGGAAGGAGCCUCACCCCCUCCUGGCCCCGCAAUGCGGAGCUGCCCGGGAUGCCUCGGGACCAUUCAGUCACAUCCAGGCUCCAGGCACCAUGGACGAGCUGGACCAGUCGCCUCUGGUCUCCUCCUCCGGGCCAGCACGGCCGCAGCAGCCCCAGUUCAACUAUCAGUUUGUGCUCGACGACGAGAAGGAGGAGGAGGAAGAGGAGGAGGAAGAAGAGGACGAGGACGAAGACUUCGACGAGCAGCUGGAGGUGAUGGAGAGGAAGCCCGCCGCGGCUCCCGCCGCAGCCCUGCAGGAGCGGCCGCCGCAGCUGCUGGACGUCGGCGGCCCCGCCGAGCCGCCCCGCCCCGCCGCUCCGGAGCCACCGCAGCCCGACUGGAGCCCCCAGGGAGCCGUCUCCUCCUCCUCCUCCUCCGCCACCACGCCGUCCCCCGCGCAGGAGCAGCCCUCGGCCCCCGCCCGGCCUGCUCAGCCCCAGCCGCCCGAGCCUGCCGCCGCCCCCCGGAGAAGAGGGUCCUCCUCCGGUUCGGCUGAUGAGACCCUUUUUGCUCUUCCUGCUACAUCUGCGCCUCUGAUGCACUCCUCUGCAGCUGAUCCCUUUAAAGAGCACGCAGCCUUUGAUACACUUUCAGAUGGAUUACCUGCAAGAGGCACUUACAAAGAAAAUGCAAGUGAGGUUUAUAAAGAAACCAUGGAAAAUGCAAGAAAUCCAUUUCUUGCAGAGGGAAAUGAAAAAGACAUUUUGGAGACAAAAUACUCGGAACCCCCAUUUGCUAAAGCAGAAGCAGCCAUUUUAUCUCAAGCUAAAGAAGAAACACAGCUAGAGGGCCCUAAAGAAUUACCUAAUCUGGAGAAAAUGCCUGCACAGCAGCUGAAAAUGUCUCCAGAAACUCCUCAAGAUUUGUUUGAGAAAAACGAGGAAGAUCCCUUUUCUAACAAAGACAAAUACAGACGUGGUGAUCAUGGUGAAAAAGGGGCGCUGAAAGAAGACCCUCUUAAGAGGGAAGAAUACGCAGACUUCAAACCAUUUGAGCCAAUCUGGGAAGUAAAAGGUGCUAGUCACAGGCUUAGCAGCGUGAGAGAGGAUGUUGGAAGUAAGAUAGAUGCCAAACUAGAAAGCAGUUUAGAUGAGAGAUAUGGUGUAGAUAAGCUGAAUGUGCAGAAGGAUUAUGAAAGAGACAGCGAAGGCAGCACUGAAGAUCGCUCUUUCCCAAGUACUCCAGAAGCUGUAAAAGAACCUUCACAGACUUAUGUCACUUGUACUAAAUUUGAAUCCUCUGUAAGUCCUGAUGGUAACCAAGUCAAAUCUCCUUCUCCGCUGGAGGAAGGCACUUCAGAAAAUAGAACCGAUGAUGAGAAAAAAAUUGCAGAAAUGAAAGCUCAGACGAGCACAGAACAAGGUGAUUUUAGCACUCGAGCAGCUGGCAAGCAGGAAGGCCAGGAAGCUGACUAUGCUAAAACCAAGAGUAUAUCAACAGUGCCAUCUGACAGUGCAGCAAAUAUGCCUGAAGGUCUUACUCCUGAUCUAGUACAAGAAGCAUAUGAAAGUGAAAUGCAUGAUGUGGCAUGUACAAAACUUGCUUAUGAAACAAAGAUUGAUUUAGUUCAAACCUCCGAGUCGGUACAAGAGACUCUGAAACCUGUGACACAACUCUGUCCCUCAUUUGAAGGGUCGGAAGCUGCUCCAUCACCAAUAUUGCCAGAUAUUGUUAUGGAAGCCCCUCUGAGCACUGGGACUGCUGGGGCAGAAGCAUCUGCUGUGCAGCUCGAAGCUUCCCCAUUAGAAACGUUUAUUCCUAGUGCUAAUUAUGAGAAUGUAAAAGAAGAGACUGAAAAGCCUCCCUUAUACCAGGAGACAGUGAAUGUACCACCGAUACAGGGCCAAGAAGCAAAAGAGGCAUUAGCAUUUAAAAAAACUGAUCAUGAGAGUAGUGCCAGUCCUGAAGAUAUAGAGACCCCAUAUAUAUCUAUUGCAUGUGACUUAAUUAAGGAAACAAAGGUCUCUGAAUCUGCUUCCCCAUCCUUUACAGAUUAUUCAAAGACGCCGAUAACAGAAAGCAUUUCUCAGGAUGUGCCUGAACACAAGGAACUUGUUGAGAAACUGUCUCCACACUUUGGAAAAUCUGACUUGUUUAAUAGCCAGGUGAUACCUGACUUUACUGAGAAAGUGAGCGAAGAUCCAUCUCUCAUCUUAAAAAGUAAAUCGACUGAGAGUAUUGUAACUGAUGACGAAAAUGAGGAACAACUGGUGGAUUCAGUAGCUGCCACAGGCAAGCCUUAUCUGGAGUCUUUCCAACCUGAACUGGACUCUUCCAAAAUUGUUGCUGCUCUGCCAUCUGAGCCAACACCUGCAAAAAUAGCCAAGGCAGAGAAGAUUCCUCUUCAAAUGGAAGAACUGAAUGCUAUGGCGCAUUCAGCUGAUGUGUCUGUUGCUACGGAACCAAAAACAGGAGACAACAAAGCGCUCUCACCCAUGGAGUCUUCCCCAGUCACAGUGGAAGAAGACUUUGUGAUGUUAGCUCAUCCUAAAACUGCUCCUGAGUUUGUGGCAGAAGCCCCCGACAGAGAUGUAAUGCACAAAGAUGAAAAUGAAGAGAUCAGUGAGGUGAUCGAAGGUGAGAAGAGGCAGUUGCCUUGCCCAGAGCUACCCUGUGAUCUGUCUAUAAAGAAUGUAGAAGUAAAAGCUGAGGAAGAUACUAAUGCCUUGAAGAAGUCCUGGGAGGCUGUGGACAGAGAAGUGCCUGAAGUAUCCAUGAUGUCCUUACCGGCCACAGAUACCUCACCUUUAUCUGCUGAAAAAGAGAUAGUCAGUGUAGUAAAACCAGAAGCUUUUGAGAAGGAAGCUGAGCGAGAAGCUACUCCUGUUAAAGAAAAGGAAAAACCUACUGCUGUAUUUUCAGCAAAGCUGAAUAAGUCUUCAGUUGUUGACCUCCUUUACUGGCGAGACAUUAAGAAGACAGGAGUGGUGUUUGGUGCCAGCUUGUUCCUGCUGCUUUCAUUAACAGUGUUCAGCAUCGUAAGUGUGACAGCUUACAUUGCCUUGGCCCUGCUUUCCGUGACGAUCAGCUUUAGGAUAUACAAGGGAGUUAUCCAGGCAAUCCAAAAGUCCGAUGAAGGCCACCCGUUUAGGGCUUACUUGGAGUCUGAUGUAGCUGUGUCUGAAGAGCUUAUCCAGAAAUACAGUAAUGUUGUGCUUGGUCACAUUAAUGGCACAGUCAAAGAGCUGAGACGUCUCUUCCUAGUCGAUGACUUAGUUGAUUCUCUGAAGUUUGCAGUGUUGAUGUGGGUAUUCACUUAUGUUGGUGCCUUGUUUAAUGGUCUCACAUUACUGAUUCUGGCUUUGAUUUCGCUCUUCAGUGUUCCUGUUAUUUAUGAGAGACAUCAGGCCCAAAUUGACCAUUAUUUGGGACUUGUGAACAAGAAUGUCAAAGACGCAAUGGCUAAGAUCCAAGCAAAGAUCCCUGGGUUGAAGCGCAAAACUGAGUAAAAAAAAGCCUGAAGCCACUUAUGGAUAGGAAGUUCAUCUUUUAAGGGGAAAAAAAAAAAAAAUGCUCAUUUGGAUUUACAUGGGGAGGGUCAGGGAAUAGCAAAACCCUUGACAUUGCAGUGCAAUUUCACAGAUCUUUAUUUUUUAGCAACGCAGUGUUUGGGAAAAAAAAAAAAACAAAACUGUUUUUUGACUGCCAUGUGUUUCAUCAUCUAAGUAUUGUAAGCUGCUAUGUAUGGAUCUAAAAACUAAUCAUCUUUCUUUAUCCUGUGUGCAGCACUGGCUAAUACAAAAGAUUUGAGACAGCUGUACAUUUUGCUUCAUCAGAGGUAGUCCCUGCUGCGUUCCAGAAGAGGUAGUACAGGUGGAGCGGAGGAUAACACUUCCCAGUUUGUGCACUGUGUAUGGUCUGUGUAGAUUGAUGCAGAUUUUCUAAAAUGAGAUGUUUUAGAAGAAUAUACCAUUUUAGCAAGUUUUGAAAAAUCUUGCCUUUUUUGGUAUGAGUAUAGCUGUAUUGUGAUUUUAUUGUUUUAUCAAUUGCCUAUAUAUAUAUAUAUAUAUAUGUGUUUCACAAAGCUUAGAUCUUUCAGCUGCUCCACAGUGCUUCAUACUUCAGAGACUUGACUGAUUUCUGGACUAGCUCCAUAGCACACAAGCUUGAAAAACUAAAAUGUCUCUGUAAAACACUAGCAUCUGUUUAAAAUAACAAAAGCGAAAUGAACAAAGGAACCUCCACAUAUAUUAAGAGAAAAUUACAGCAUACACUUUGUUGCACAAAUGUAGACAGCAAAUAAUUCUACAGUCGCUCAAACUCUGAUAAUCUGUGGACCGAAUAUCUAAUGCUGCAAAUGUUGUUUGGAAACUUAAAACCUUGUUAUGCAGGAAAUGAUAAAUGAAAAAUUAUACACUUGCAGUUUAAGCUGUAUUGAACUAAGUCUGUGGAAUGCAUUGUGAAAUGUAAAAAAAAAAAACAAAAAACCAACCACAACACAAAAAAGCAAAAAAAAAAAAAAAAUCCCAACCAAAACCCCAAGUAUCAAUAAAGCUUAUAGACAUAAAAUAA